UGCCUCCUGUAGGGAGAGAUGGCACUGGCUGCAGCUAGGGGGAGCUCCAGAGCACAGCUCCUCUUCUAGCCAGCCGAGGGAAGCUCUCUGCUCCGUCAGCCUGAUGAUGAAAGCCAAAGACAGAUGAAUCCCACCCUGCCCGUUUUUGUGCGCCCUACCAACCCGCCGUUUUCUGCCUGCCGUACCCCGCCACGCCGCCAGACCCAGCCGUGCGCCGCCGGACCCGGUAAGCACAUGAGAGUCCCCCUGGGCUAAAUUAACCUUGUGACCAGAAAACCAUAAGCCAUGCCUGGGAAGCUGAAGGUGAAGAUUGUGGCUGGCCGCCAUUUACCUGUGAUGGAUAGAGCUAGUGAUUUGACAGAUGCCUUUGUGGAGGUUAAGUUUGCAAACACCACAUUUAAGACAGACGUGUACCCGAAGUCUCUGAAUCCUCAGUGGAACUCGGAAUGGUUUAAGUUUGAGGUGGAUGAUGAAGAUUUGCAGGAUGAGCCUCUGCAGAUAACCGUGUUGGACCAUGACACGUACAGCGCUAAUGACGCCAUCGGGAAAGUCUACAUUGAUAUUGACCCUUUGCUGUACACAGAGGCAGCCACCGUGAUUUCCGGAUGGUUUCCAAUAUACGACACCAUACAUGGGAUCCGUGGGGAGAUCAGCGUGGUGGUGAAAGUGGAUCUCUUCAAUGACUUGAAUCGCUUCCGACAGUCUUCCUGUGGAGUCAAGUUUUUCUGCACCACGUCAAUCCCAAAGUCAUAUCGUGCUGUAGUCAUACACGGAUUUGUGGAAGAGCUGGUGGUGAACGAGGAUCCCGAAUACCAGUGGAUUGACCGAAUCCGGACCCCGAGGGCCUCUAACGAAGCCCGACAGAGGCUGAUUUCUCUAAUGUCAGGUGAGCUGCAGAGGAAAAUAGGUCUGAAGGUCCUGGAGAUGAGAGGAAACGCUGUGGUUGGCUAUCUGCAGUGCUUCGAUCUGGAGGGGGAAUCUGGAUUAGUGGUACGGGCUAUAGGGACAGCGUGUACACUGGAUAAACUGACCAGCGCCGCCCCAUUCGCACCGGCGGCGUGCCAUUCCCCAUGCAAAGAUCUGAAAGAGGCUCCUUUCAAUGAAGAGCUAAUCCCCAAUACUCACUCAUCAGGACCCUCCACCCCACUGAAAAACCAAACUUAUUCCUUUUCACCUUCCAAGUCUUACAGCCGACAGUCCUCCUCUUCCGACACAGAUUUGAGUUUGACACCUAAAACUGCAGCUCUGUUUCCAAAGGGGAAUAGGAUGUUCUUCUGCCCCAGCUCCCCUUCUGUCAUGUGGGAGCCCCCGGGUCUCAGACAGUCGUGUAGCCUCCUGCUGAGCUCCGGCACCUCCCCAGCACGCGCUCGCCGCGCCAGCCCGCUGCUGAGGAAAUCCGUUUCAUUCAGUGACGAGCUGCUGCUGCUGGCGGGAAUGGGAAGUGGAAGUGCGGGAAGAGAAGGUGGAGCCUUUAAGACCCUGCUCAGGCAGCAGACGCAGUCCACACUGGAGCAGCGGGAAUUCCCAUUUUUCACUCUGACAGCGUUCCCGGUCGGCUUCCUCGUCCAUGUUGGUGGCGUCGUCAGCGCACGAUCAGUGAAACUUCUGGAUCGGAUCCACAAUCCAGAUGAACCGGAAACGAGGGACGCCUGGUGGGCUGAGAUCCGUCAGGAGAUAAAGUCUCACGCCAAAGCGCUGGGCUGUCACGCCGUGGUAGGCUACAGUGAGUCCACCAGCAUUUGUGAAGAAGUCUGCAUCCUGUCUGCCUCAGGUACAGCCUCCGUACUGAACCCCCGAUUCCUGCAGGACGCCACCAACGAAUGCUGUCUGGAACAAAGGUUGUCUGCGCACCCCGGCUUCUUUAUAGGGUCAGACAAGGGAGAGUUUGAUAGCAAUGUUCGCCUAGGGUCAGAGGAGUCGUCACCCCCAACCUGCGCGUUUUGCCACAUCCCGUACGAUGAGCUGAAUAUGCCGUUUCCUGCGCAUCUCACUUUCUGCUACAGCUGCCGCAAACAGAAGGUUCCCGAUGUCUUAUUCACGACCAUAGAUCUGCCCGGCGACGCUCUGAUUGUGGGGAAAGGUUGCCUGAUACAGGCCAGGUUGUGUCGUCUGAAGAAGAAGGCGCAGGCGGAGGCCAACGCAACGGCCAUCAGCAACUUGCUGCCGUUCAUGGAGUACGAGCUGCACACUCAGCUGAUGAACAAGCUGAAGCUGAAAGGCAUGAACGGCCUGUUUGGCCUGAGGAUCCAGAUCACGGUCGGGGAGAACAUGCUCCUGGGGCUGGCUUCUGCCACAGGUGUGUAUCUGGCAGCGCUGCCCACCCCCGGGGGCAUUCAAAUCGCCGGUAAGACCCCCAGCGAUGGAUCCUACGAGCAGCAUAUAUCCUACAUGCAGAAGAAGAUCAAUGAAACUAUUGCCAAGAACAAAGAAGUUUAUGAGAUUAACCCCCCAGAAAUUUUGGAGGAGACGGUGGGUUCCCCCAUCCCAGAGCCCAGGCAGAGGACCCGAGUGCUUCGCUCUCAGUCUGAAAGCUCAGAUGAAGUUAUGGAGCUGGACCUGUCUCAUGGCAAAAAGGACGCCUUUGUCCUGGAGAUUGAUGAUACGGACGCAGUGGAAGAUGUACAUUCGCUCCUAACAGACGUGGCGCCACCUGCAGGAUUUUACAGCUGUAACAUAGAAAAGAUGCCUGGGAUAAACAACUGGACGUCAGAUAUACAGAUGUUCACCUCGGUCAGAGCCAUCCGUCUCUCCAACAUCAACCUGACAAACCCGACGCUCAACAAGAACUUCAAUGACCUGUGUGAGAACCUGCUGAAGUCUCUUUACUUCAAGCUGCGAUCCAUGAUCCCGUGCUGUCUCUGUCACGUCAAUUUCACGGUUGCGGUUCCGGAGGAUGAGUCCAUACAGGUCGCCGUCACCGCUGUCGCUAUCACCUUUGACAAACAAGAUGCACUACAAGCCAGUAAGAGCAGGACGGAAUGCAGUCAGCCUCGGGGAUCCACAGACACUGAUGAGCUACUGCAGUUCACUAUGGAAUUAUCUUCGGAGUCUCCCGGUCUGCAGCCCUUCUCCCCAGCUAAAGAUUUCCAGGAGCGAGCGGGUCCCGCAGCCGCCACCAGCCAGCGAGCUACUGGCGCUGAUUACAGUUCCUUUGCAGACAGAUGCAACAGCUGGAUAGACCACAUUAAAAUGAGGGCUCAGACCAUAAGACGCGGAUCAAUUAAAACAAUCGCUUCCCUGGACAAGGCAAGCCCGUUGGGUGAGGGAAACUUAAGAAACCGCCCAGGCACCGUCUUAGGCGGCCCAUCGGUCACCGUGGUCAAGAUGACGCCUCUUUCGUUUAUACCGGGAGCUAAAAUAACCAAAUUUCUUGGAAUAAUUAACAUGUUUUUUAUACGAGAGACGACAUCCUUGCGUGAGGAGGGUGGGGUCAGCGGAUUCCUCCACGCCUUUAUUUGUGAAGUCUUUGCUAUGGUCCGAGCCCACGUGGCAGCUCUCGGGGGUAAUGCGGUUGUGUCGUACAUCAUGAAGCAGUGUGUGUUCAUGGAGAACACGAAUAAGAACCAGGCGCAGUGUCUCAUUAAUGUCAGCGGAGAUGCCGUCAUCUUCACGCGGGAAUCAGACCUAGACGCAGCCCCUCCACUCGUAUCUCACCAGCACUCCACAUCUUCCACAGUGGCGGUCGGGGGAGACGGCACAUGAGGAAGAGGGCGCCUCUCAGCACUUCGGUUUAAUGGAAGACGCCGAAUGCUGAAGAAAUUGCACCGUAUUGCCAAAACGUUAUCUGGUGACAUUAGAGUCUGCUUUAACUGUUGCUCGUCUGACAUUCACGUAGGUCCAUAAACCUCUCAGAACGUCAUGCUGAACGUUCAGUGACUGUCAUGACCUGGAAUCCGUGAACACAUCACCUGCCCUUUGUAGAUUUUCGAACACACCUGUGGCUCGCCACCUACUGAUGCCAGGGAUUGCUGGGUAUUAUAGUUCUCUCGCCAUGGCCAACCACAGGCUGCCUGCUCUGCAAUAAGUUACCAGAAGGAGAAUGACUUAUGAAUUGUAGAGAAGCUGCUUAUGUCUGUAACAACAGCGUUCAGAAAGAGUGACCCGACUUUUCUCCUCUGAUACCCACGGAGCAGUUACCAGCAGUGCCCAAAGUAUGGCGGUACGUGGGUCUAAGUUCUCCUGCGUCAUCCUGCUGGCCACAGACGGUGGGUGAAUGUACAGUUCAUGGUCCUAUCAUUAAGCCAGUUUCUCUGUGUUCAUUGUGGCAUUUGUCCUGUGUCGCCAACGUUGUAUUGUGAGAGCGAAGGUGGUUUAUGCUAUUAUUGGCGUCAUCUGUCUCCUGCACAUCACGGUAUUGGUGGAGCAGUAAAUAUGUCCGAAUAUUACAGCGGAAACCUUAGUAACCCAGCCAAACAAUGCUGAUGUCCAGGGUAACCGUCGCCAAGUAAUCUGUGACUAUAUUAAUACAGGUCACAUAAACCUAAGGACUUCUAAUACCCAAAAUCUCACAGUGGGAACCGAAUUAUCUCUUCCAAUACACAAGGUACCCCAAUGAACGUCACUACUCACUGUUUAUACAUAUCUAACAUUCUAUAUAUAUAUAUAUAUAUAUAUAUAUAUGUGUAUAUAUAUAUAUAUAUCUGUAUAUGUAUAUAUAUAUAUAUAUAUAAUAUACAGUGUAUGAAAUCCGUAACACAGGAUUGUUCUCACUAAGGCGCCAGCAGAGGGUGCUGCAGUAACACAGUCAGAAAUCAGUCACAUGACCGCUCUGCUUUAUAAUGUACAGUCUCGGAUCAUUACUGCACAUCAGACGUUUAUGUAAAAACACUCACAUUUAUAUAUUUUUGAUAAUAAUUUUCUGUCCGUGGCAUCCAUCAGCACCACGCACGUGGAGCUAAUGACACAGGCCGUGGAUAUCGCAGAUAACUUGAAUGUAAAUACGUAUUGUGCCAGAAUCCGCAUGUCAGGAGAUGUAUACAGAAAUAAACUUGAACUGAGAA